AUGAGUCCUAAAUCGCAACCGUCAUCCGCAUCAGAGCACAAGAGCCACGAGGCCGAAUACACGGAAGAAAUUAAGAAGUCAGGACUCGACGUUCUGUCACUUUCACGCGCGGUUAGAGCAAGGAAAGCCGAGUACACACGCCGGAGAUCGAUCCGAGUCAAGGUCGGCACGUGGAAUGUAGCCGGCAUAUCCGACACCGAGAAGGACGUUGGAAGGUGGUUUGUUCAGGGAGAAGGGGUGUGCCCGAAAUUCUCUGGGACAAACUACGCGCACGAGCCAGAAUCCGAUUCGCCCAGCAAGCCCGACGAGCCAAAAUCAGACAGCGAUAAAAAAGUAACCUUUCACUACAGUCCCGAGGAGGUAGACCUGUACGUCUUGGGCUUGCAGGAAGUGGUCGAUAUCUCUUCUCCAACAGAAGCGUUCCGGCCAUAUGUUGACCUCACACCGUCCAAGCGGUGGAAGGAAGCUGUGGAAAAGGCGCUACCCGGAGGAUAUAAGCUAGUAUCUGAAGUCCAGCUGGUCGGCUUGUUGCUUCUGAUAUAUGUGUCGCCCGCCAUUGGAGACAGUGUUGCUUCUGUCAGUAGUACAUCUGUCGGUACGGGUCUGAUGGGGUACAUGGGAAACAAAGGCGCUGUGGCAACGCGCAUUGUCCUGGGCGAAACCACCCGUUUGGUCUUUAUCAACUGUCAUCUCGCAGCGGGGUCCGACAAAGGCAGCUUGGAGCGACGCAACUGGGACUCUUCUCAGAUUGUCCAGCGUGCUAGAUUUGACGCGGUUUGGCCCGAGGAUGACGGAUCGGGCGAAUCGGGCGAAUCGGGCGAAGCAAUAGGAGAUGAAGAUUUCACUUUCUGGUUUGGUGACCUCAACUACCGCCUCGAUGAUAUCACUGGCGAAGAUGUGCGCCAAGUCCUCUCGCGACAUACCGCCAAUCAGUACGACAAAGAGCGCCAAGAAAAGAUGUCUUCAAGCCCUUCUGGCGACUCUACGCCCGAUUCUGAUGAUGAUUCGCCUUCUUCUCCUCCCCCGAGGAAGAGGAGACGGAGAUCAGCUUUCCACAAGGGUUGGCGGGAAGGUCAUAUCACUUUCUUGCCGACGUACAAAUACGAUGUUGGGAGUGUGGCCAUGUUUGAUACGAGCGAGAAGCAGCGCGCUCCUAGCUGGUGUGAUCGGAUUCUGUUUCGUAGUCAGCGGGAUAAGCUGAGACAUGAGAAGCUCGAUCAGGAAGCGGAGGAGGCCCGAAAGAGAGACGAAGAGAUGAAAGCAAGGGGACUGGACAAGGCUGUUGCGGAUGAUAACGUCUUGUUUGAUUAUGACCCUGAUGAAGACGGUGCGAACAGCGAGGAGUACAUGUCGGACGAGGAUCAAGCCGCUGAUGAUGAUGAUGCAAGCACAAUUGCGUCGCUUGACUCUUGCUAUGAUUUAAUCCGCUUGGAUCAUUACGUGUCACACCAAGGCAUUCUGUCGUCUGACCACAAGCCUCUGGAUGCUACCUUUACCUUGAGUUUUGAUGCAGUCAAUCGCGAUCUGAAAUCAAAGGUGCAUCAAGAAGUGGCCCGUGAAUUGGACAAGGCCGAGAAUGAAGCUCGGCCGGAUCUUACUAUUGUGGUGGAUAGGCAUGGUGACCAUAAGCGCCCAGAGAAAGAUCCUGACACCGUCGAUUUCGGCGAUAUUGCCUUCGAUGUGCCAGCUCAUCGGUCCCUAACUAUUGCCAACACCAGCGGCACCCCGGCAACUUUUUCAUUUGCGGAGCGGCAUAAAGUUGUCGACGAGACAAUUACACAAACAGCCUCGUGGCUUGUUGUGCGUGUCUGCAAGUCUGCAGACAUCGCCCCAGACACCGGCCCAUCGAUGGCUUCUUCGUCUGAGAGCCACACUCUGCUCCCUGGUGAAGUAGCGAAUAUCGAUGUCACGGCUUACGUUCGCAACAUCGAACACGUCCGAUUGCUUAAUAUUGGAAAGGUGAAUCUAGAAGACAUCCUAGUCCUCCAUGUCGAUGGCGGCCGUGACCACUUUAUCCCUGUUCAGGGCCGUUGGCUACCCACCUGCUUCGGUUGUAGUGUUGACGAGUUGACCCGCAUGCCAGAAGCGGGUGCUCGAAGUUUGGCCGAAUCAAAAACCCCACACCCAUCCAUCACAGAUACUUCCACGGAAAUCCGCUUGUCGGCACCCCGCGAGCUUUUCCGACUGACCGAGGCGAUAUCCGAGCUGACAGAGCGCGCUGUCGCAGAGUGGAGCAUGACAAAUGGUGAAUCCGAGGAGCAUAAAGCUCCAUGGGCAACGGAUCUUUCCGGGGGAGCCUGGCCUUUCCAGCCUGAUACAUGGACUCUAAAGGACCCACAGGAGCGUGCUAAGCUGCGAAAUUCCGUGCGUGAAGCUCUUGACACCAACAAAUCCCUCAGCUCAAUAUUUGCCCCUGAGAUAUCCUCUCUUCAUCGAUUGGAGGUCCUAUCUGAAACCCUCCUCACUUUCCUCAACUCGCUCCAAGACGGAAUCGUCACCGCGAAAGUGUGGCAAGACAUGGAGCAGCAGAUAGUUGCGCGGGAGAAAAGUAAAUCCCCUCCUCGAAACUGGGAAGAAAGCCAGUCCUGGGUGCUUGAGCACCUGGCCUACUCACCAGCGCACAGCGUAUCAUUCACGUUUGUCACUUUUAUGCUCGCCCGCAUAGCCAAUGAAGUGGCUCCAGUAUCGGCCGGUACGCCGUUGAUCCCAUUAUCCAAGCAAAAGAACAACGCCACCCCCAAUAAACCGGUAGAUAAGCAGGCUGGGGCUGCAAGCCAGAACCAAGCUCAGUCUCCUACUCCAGCUUCCGCUACUGCCUUCAUAACCAGCGGCAGUUUCCGUCGCAAGAACCGCACCUCGAGCACAUCUACCAGCACCAGCCCUGACCCCCCGCCUCAGAACCAUUCAAUAGCACGCCGUCAAGCAGUCGAGACUGCUCUAGCAUCUGUCUUUGCACUUGUGCUUAUUUCUGCCUCUGCUCCGAUGCCGUCUAAAGAGAAAGAGCGUCGUAUAUCUGAAGAGCGGAGGCGAUCAAUCAUUGAGCCAUUCUUAAAGAUGGUUGGGGUAGAUGAUCGAGGUCCAUCUGGGGGCCGGUAUUGA